UUGUUGACGUUCACAAAAUCAGUGUUUCUUUACCAAUUUCCAAGAUGGCUUCCUUUAAAUUGUGCAUUUGUUUUUUAUUUUCUUUAUUCUGUUUCGUGUGUAACGAAUCUAUAUUGUGCGAAGUUGGAUUUUGUAGGACGUAUCUUCACGAGACAGGCUGCACAACUCCUCCGAUCCACUGCUCAGCGAACAAUGCGACCCACAAUGGAAUCAACCUCCUUUCUCCGACUCUUUGCAACUGCUGUGAAUAUUGCAUGCCCCUUUAUGGAGAAGGAGAACAUUGCAGUAGAGGAGGACCAGGUACUGGCACCACGGUCGGAAGAUGCGGAGACGGGCUUUACUGUGAGGAGGGAGAGGAUGAUUCUGUGUGCGUGCGAAUGAAAUCGGAUUGUCAUACUGCACAAGACAAGUAUGAUGAACGAGAACGCAAUGGGGAGUUGGGGGCUCUUGAGCAGAGGCCGCUCUGUGACGGGAAGGGCAAGUUCUACAAAUACGAGUGUGUCCCAGCACAAACCUGUUACUGUCAAUCAGAUGAUGGUAGAAGACUGUUCGGUGAAGUGCUCAACCGUGGAGCAAUUACGGAGAAGACUAUGCACUGUGGAUGCUCCAGAUUCCACGAUCUUAUUAAGUCAACUAUUAGCAGCGCUGUGCCACGCUCCAUCGUGGGUCCGCGGUGCACCCCAGACGGCAACUUCUUCCCAAUUCGUUGCAUAAGGAAUAUUUGCUACUGCGUCGAUAUAUACACAGGGAUCAUAAAAAAAGAUAGCCCUACCAUUGAUCUGGAGAGGCAAAGUAUUACGCAACUUUCUUGCUACGAUGAAGACUUAGACUUGUUCCCUGAGAACGCCAAAGAAGAACCGUAUUCCUUCACAUCACCAUGUCUAAUAACACAAGACUCGAGAGCAACAGAUGUACUCGAAACAGAAAAGGAUGAUUUUAUCCUUGACUUCUUUGGUGGCUUUCCUGAAUGUCUCCCAGACUGGACAUAUGGAAGAAUAGCGCUUAAUAGUGCUGGACAAAAAGUCUGCGUAGACGAACGAGGAAAACAAAUUGAGAAUUACCAUGCUGAUAAGAAAACGGAUCCUGUCGCCUACAGUAAUAUGGAUUGCAAAUGUGCGCAGACAACCAGUAUUAUGGGUUCUCUGCCUGAGAAGCCGAUUUGUUGCAAGAACGGCAACUUUAGGAGGAUACAAUGUCGCAGGGGUAUGUGCCGAUGCGUUGAUUCCAAUGGAAAGCAGAUUGAGAAAGAACAAGCUGAUGUGACAAAACUUAGUUGCUACAAGCCUGAUUGGAAAAUUUGUUAAGCUGCACGACAUAGUAUAAAACAAAGUCGCUUUCUCUGUCCCUAUAUCCCUAUGUACCUACGCUUAAAUUUGGAAAAAUACGCAACGGUUUUUUUGCGUUUUUAUUUUAGAAAGAGGGAUUGAAGAGGAAGGUUUAUAUGUAUAAUAACAUCCUUUAAAUUGUGUAGAAAUUUUGUAUCUGCAUUGCGCCCGUGCGAAACCGGA